UUCUUGAAAUAUUUAUUUUUCUCUCUCUUCUUUUUUCUCAUCUCAUCCGGUGAAUUUUCUGAUUUCUUCUUCACCAGUUCUUGAUUAAUUCUCGGAGUAAAAAAAAAUUAAAGAGAGAAUCCUUUCAAUCGGAAAUCUCCUUCAGCUCAAAGCGAUAUAGAAAUUUGGUUUGGAAGGGUGGUUAAGAGAAGCGUAAAAGUUUUUCAAACUGAGGAUUCGUCAUGCGAUGAGAGCCCCUAAGCGGGACCAUGAAGUAGCUGAUGAGGCUUCUAAAAGGAGCAGGAUAAAAGUAGGCACUGGUUGUAGUGUUCCCAAAGUAUCUUCAAGGACAACUGGUGGAAAGCGCUGCAAAAAUAUUACUGAUGCGGAACAUCUUAAUGGGGAUAAUGAUAUUACUUCAGUUGGAAAAGAAAAUAUCUCUUCACCAACUGAAUCAUUUUCUGAGAACCUUCAAGUAAAAGAAUCGGGAGAUUUUGAGAAAACAAAUAAUGUGCAGAGUGUCCGAAAAUCUUAUGCUAAGAUUAAGCUUCAACUUUUUCCUAUAGAUGAAACAACCCGUGAGGGGUUGGAGAAGGAUGGGCACAAUCCGCAUUUAGAGCUCAUUCUAAGUAAGCGAAAGAAGAUAUCCUCUGUGAUAAAUCAUUUAAGUAGCAAGUGGGCCAGUUCGAGCACUGUGACAGGCGAGUUGAUGCUUUUCCCAUAUGACAUUCGUCUGGAUAACUUAUCUGAAUACAAACAAUGGACUUUGAAGGAUAAAGAUACUGCAGAUGAUGUAUACACAGCCAUCGAAAGACCUUCUGUUUUCCGAUUAAGGUAUGGGUGGUUUCCUCAUCUGGAACGGAGUGGCUAUUUCUUAUCUCGCACAGCUUCCUGCUUUGCGGAUUGUUUGCGACCUGAAGACCUCAAGAAAGUUUCAAAUAUGGAUGGGAAAACUAGAGAUGAUCAGGGGAGCGCUCAAAAGGUAGAUAAUCAAAAGGGUAAACUGUUCUGCGGCUUAACUCAAAAUGCAGCAGUAGGCGACACUGUGGCAUCGGAUAGAGCAGCUGAGAUUUUGGAAAAUUCAGAAAUUGAUGUUGCACUCUCGCUAUCCUCUUCUUUAUGGGGUAACAUAAGCAUCGGUGGACUCUUGUCAGAAGAGUCCCUUCAACCUGUCCCCAGUAGUAGUAAUGCAAGACCUACAGGGACUGGCUCAUAUGUUCAACAAGUUCCAUUCAGCUGUGAUUCAUUUGAUGCUGCUAUAGCUGCCCAUAUUCUUAGCCAGUCUCAAAGCAGACAGAAGCGAACUGCCAUGCAGUCAUCCAUCUAUGAUGCUGAAGAAACAUGCGAUGCAUUUCCAUCUCAGAAGUUAGCAUCCAUCUUGGAUGCUGAAGAAACAUGCCAUGCCCAUGCUAGUUCCAAUUCAUUCAAGUUCCCCUGUUCCUUUGAGGAGAAGAGCCGAGGUGGGUUAUAUAAACCUAUUCCCCGCCAAGAGCCACAGAAAACAUCUUCAUCACCCCAAACCCAGGGAGUUGACAAUUCUACUAACAGCCUGGGUCUUGGAGACAUCAAAUGGUCACAAGGUGAUUCUUUGGGGCCCUUGGGAUUUAGUUUGUCAUCUCAACCGUUUAUAAAUAGCGACAGUAUGAAUUUCAGCAAUUUGUUUGCCAUGAGUAGAGACAAGAUUCAGAGCUCUUCAAUGUCUACUAGCGAUGUGAAAGUUGCUCCCUCUUGAAAGCAACUUGGGCAGGUCUCUUCUGAAUCCUUGGAACCUGGUCACACUUCAUGUCUAUUUGCACAUUUUAACUUGAUCAGUUUCAAUCUCCUGGAAACUUUGAUUCUAUUUUUCAACAAUGCGAACUUUAAAAUAGCUUUGUAUAUUGGUCACCUACAACAGUUCAGAAAAGCUGUCAAAAGAUAAACCUCAACUGUUGAAUUUUUUUGUCAUAA